UAAAUACAUGACCUUAAAAAGCAAAACACACUGCACCAACUGAAAGCAUGAAGACUCCUGGCUCCCUCGGUCACCUUGUUCUCCUGCUGAUAGUUUGUUCAUCUGCGAGGGCUCAAAAGUACAAGCGGGACGAGGAAAAUGGCACAGAGAACAACCCGUUCCCCAUUGACUGUGAGGAGGUGCCCAAUCUCGGAGAACAAGCUGAUGGAGUUUAUGUCAUUUAUCCUGCUGGUCCCCAAAGCGCAGUACCAGUGUAUUGUGACAUGACAACCGACAACGGGGCAUGGACCGUGAUUCAGAAGAGGUUUAAUGGCUCUGUGAGUUUCUUCCGAGGGUGGAAUGACUAUAAGUUGGGUUUUGGACGUGCAGACGGGGAGUACUGGCUGGGUCUUCACAAUAUGUACCAGUUAACUCUAAGGAAGAAAUAUGAGUUGAGAGUUGACCUGGGAGAUUUUGAGAAUAACAAGACAUUUGCUAGAUAUGCUGAUUUCUCUCUCUCACCCAACGCUAUUAACCCUGAGGAGGAUGGAUACACCCUGUAUGUGGAUGGUUUCAUUGAUGGGGGAGCAGGUGAUGCUCUAAGCUAUCACAACGGGAUGAAAUUCUCCACCUAUGACAGUGACCGGGAUGUCUACCUUCAGAAUUGUGCUUCUCUGUCUGCUGGCGGUUUCUGGUUUAAGGCAUGUCACCUGGCCAACCUCAAUGGGCCCUAUCUCCGUGGUGCCCAUCUCUCUUAUGGGAGCGGCAUUAUCUGGUCCCAGUGGAGGGGUCUCUAUUAUUCUCUAAAGACCACUGAAAUGAAGAUACGUCGUGUGUGACAUUUCCCUUGUGACACUUGAUCCUAUAAAUGUAUCUGUAUUGUCCUUUUAUCCCCAACCAACACCAGCGGUGCUUUAACUCAUGACCUUACUGUUCUGUCUCCACUUGAAACCCCAAACGUUCCUCUAUUUCAUGCACAAUGGGAUAGCCAGCAGUUUUCUGUAGAUUUGUAAUCUUGGUGCAUUUUAUCCUCUGUCCAGCUAGGCCCUCCUGGGUGUCUUUUUCUGCAUGAACCUUCUUGCUUGAUCUAUGACCUUUACAGAAGUUAUGACAUUACAAUCUCUACUUGAAAUACCAAAUACUACUGCUCUCUCAUGUCAAUUGGGAUCUGCCACUACUGUCAUAUACUGUCAUUUAAUCUUAAUGUAGCUCUUGUUAUCUUAUCUGCAUGAACUUACAAUUUUGAAAUAUGAUAUUUGCAGUAAUAUAAGUCUGUUAUUUCA